CAUCGCUGCUGGAUAGUUAAUGGCUCCCGUCUUCAUGCGAUUUUCCUAAUUUUUGCACUUUUUGGGGGGAAAUUUUGUAUAUACUAAGAGCAAUAUGACACUAUUCCACUUUGGAAAUUGCGUAGCGCUCGCUUAUGUACCUUACUUACUCACCUACAAGUAUUCAGGCCUCUCGGAGUAUGGAGCAUUUUGGAAGUGUGCACAAGCAGCUGCCAUGUAUAUCGUCACACAACUCUGCAAAAUGCUGGUCUUGGCUACCUUCUUUCCUCCUGGUGACGUAUCAUCUAUCGGAGGGGUUGACGUUCUUGGGCUGCCCUUACGUCUGGACCUGGAAUUUCUGAAGGCCACGGUGGACUUGGCAGACCUUGUGGGCUUGCACAUCGUCAUGACGAAAGUGGCCGGUAAAGGGGAGACAAAGUUCCUGGUUGCCGGACUAGGGUGGGCAAGUGCCGAGCUCCUCAUGACACGUUUUGUGCCCCUCUGGGUUGGCGCUCGUGGCAUGGAAUUUGACUGGAGGUACAUCCAGCUCAGCUUUGACUCUAACAUUAGUCUGGUGAACCACAUAACAACCGCUACACUAGUGUGGCUGUGGAACAGGCACGACCUGCGGAAGGUUCACCUCCCUGUGGUUGUCGUGCUUCUGGCUGUCACCUGCUACCGUUCCCUACUAGUGGAGUUGAUGCUCCACACCCUGGCGUUUGGACCCUGGCUCGUUCUUGCAGUCAAGCUUCUGGGCGCUAUGAGCAUUGGCCUUGUCACACUCCACAUCUACUUGAACUUGGCUCAGACUCUUAACUCUUACUGAAAUGUGUGCAAGUUGAAACUGCCCUGUUGUUGUACAGUAUCUUAUCAUCCAUCUCAUCUGUUAGUAGAAUGCACGCUUAAUUUACACAGGUUUCUGAAGCGUAGGUGAUAAUAAAAUGGGAGCGAUACAAUG